AUGGAGUGUUGGCGCCGUCUUAGUGAGCGCCAUCAGAAGUUGAAGACACAGAUCCACAACACGCGUAUUCCUCUUUCGAAAAAUGGACAGCGUAUUAUGGGACUGGUGUACUUUACAGCUCCUAUUAUUGGUGGCUUUUACGUCAUGAAGUGGGCCGAGCAUCGUGCUGACACUAAUUUUCAGCGAGAGGAGAUGGACAUUCGUCAAGCUGCUGGCAGUAAUGCCAAGUAUGUGGCAUUACAGAACGAGCAAUUAAAGAAGAUGCUACAUGACCAACAACAGUAG